AUGAUCUCGAGUCGUGUCUUUGCCUCUGCCCUGCGCGCUCAGGCUCCUGCUCUGCAGGCAGUCAAGGCCCGCCCCGCCGCCCGCGUCUUCCAGCAGACCCGUGGCUUCAAGAACACUCCCAAGUUCAGAGAGCCCGUUCCCGUACGUUGCUAUGCGCAUGCCCUUCGUAUCCGUACCCUGAAGAAGAUUCCCCCAGAGUUGAUCCCCAUCGGUAUCGUCCUUGCCGUCGCCAUUGGCUUUGCCGCCUACUCGCUCUUCCGCAAGCUCUUCACCGACGGCACCCUCCGUCUGUACAGAUCCAGAGGUCACAACCAGGCUUCGUCUCCUUCCGACACCAAGCCCUCCCACUAG